AUGAUUGCCCUUGGUGGAGUUAAUGUAAAUCAGAGUCCGUUGGGUUAUCGGUCUAAUGUUGCAUAUGUCCUAUACGCACCUCGUGUGUUGAAGUAUCAAUUGAUAUCAAUUGAUGUUGAGAACUCAAUGAAUUUCAAUGUUAUCUCCAAGUCAAUCAUGGCAGAAAAAUGGGGCUCACAAGAAUUCUAUGAUGAGGAGCAGCCUUCGAAUAAGGCUCGUCGUGUUGCUCGUGCAUGUUUACAGGUCCGUCCAAACUUGUUGAGUGUUGGUGGAUUAACACCCGACUUAAAUAUUAAAAACAAAUCAGUGCCGUGCGCGGAAACAACGCUGCUUACCUUCAUCAGAGGCAGUUAA